AUGAACCCCCGAAUCCUAUUAACUGUGGCCGCCUUUCUGCUCUGCGACGCAAAGCUGCCCGGCCUAAAUCCGACCACACUGAAUGGUGCGGACGCAACACAAAGGUCUGAGCACUACGGGAGGAGCGCAAUACGUCGGAACGCGGCGAGGCAGCGGCGCGAAGCCUUCGACCCGAAGACGUACGAGUCCAGCCUGACCUGGGCCCACUCCGAGAGGCUCGACGACAACGGCGAUGUGGUCCUACGUUGGGUGACUUCUGACUCGCGAGUCACGUUCAGACUGGAGGCCAGGACGCGCGGCUACGUCGGCCUGGGCUUCAGCGCGGCGCAGAGCAUGCGCGGCGCGGACCUGGUGGUCGCAUGGGUGGACGACAGGAACGGCAACGCUCAGAUUUUGGACUGCCACGGAUCUGAGUACGAGGACCGAGCGGUUGCUGACGAGGUGCAGAACUACGAGCUGAUAUCGGGCUACCAGAAUGACACGCACACCACCGUCGAGUUCCGACGUCAGCUGGACACCUGCGACCGCCAGGACUUCGUCAUCGGCGAAGACACCACGCAAAUCCUAUGGGCUCUUGGGCCCAACGGUUCUGAUGGGCAACUGCCGAGUCAUGUCCAAAAAGGCUCCAGGCCGUUACGUCUUCUGCAACCACUGUCAAAACCCGACGACGCCUCUCUGAUGCAAUGGGAUAUUAGGCUAAACGACUUGAACAUCCCGAACGUAAUGGCGACGCUGUUCUGGUGCAAGAUCUUCAAGGCGCCCGAGCUGCAGCGGAAGCACCACAUGGUCGGCUACGAGCCAAUCAUUGAGAGCCGGCCCAUCAAGAACGGCAGGCCCGUAGCGGAGGCCAAGGGCCAGUCGCCCGUCCAUCACAUGGUGCUGUACGAGUGCGCUGAAGACCGGGACGCGUACGCCUGGAACGAGUGGGCCAAGGGGGACGGCUUCUACGGGCCCAACAGGCCCUCCGAGUGGGCCAUUUGCGCGAACCCGGUCGCGGCCUGGGCCAUGGGGUCCAAAGGUGAAUUCCUUCCCGAGAACGUAGGCAUCCCAAUAGGCAAGCGGGGCGGUGCGUCUUUCUACAUGCUGGAGGUUCAUUACGAUAAUCAAGAGCUGCAUGAAGUUUUAGAUAGUUCGGGUAUUAGAAUACACUACACGCCGCAGCUGAGGGCGCAUGACGCGGCACUACUGGGCGCCGGUAUCGGUGUGUCUGCACUACAUGUGAUACCACCGAAGCAGAGGCACUACCGCACCGUCGGCAUAUGCGGCGCCGAGUGCACAAACACGAUGAUUCCGGAUGAAGGAAUAACCAUUGUUUCUGUUUUAUUACACGCUCAUAGUACUGCUAAGAAGAUUUCACUAAAACAUGUGAGAGGGAACGAUGAAUUACCCCGAGUGUCCGAGGAAAAUUCAUAUGACGUUCGCUACCAACAAUCCCGCAUAGUUCCAGGCGGUAGAAAGUUUCUGAAAGGCGAUACUCUGAUCACAGAAUGCACAUACGACAGCACUCAAAGAGACAAACCAAUUUUAGGCGGCUACUCAGCGAUGCAGGAGAUGUGUCUGUCCUUCGUCCUAUAUUACCCAAGGACGCAGCUGGCCGGUUGCUACUCGAUGACGCCGGCUAAGGAGUUCUUUGAGACGUUCGGCGUGAAAGAGUUCUACGGCGUGAAUAUGAUGCAAGUGGAAAACACAUUCCUCUCCUCGUCAUAUGUGGAGUACCCAAUUCUGCCAAUAGACAACCAAGGAAAAGAGUCGGAAGAAGUUGGCAGGCAAGGAGAUGAUCAAGGGGUCGGUUUCAUGAAGGAGCUCGUCAUAAAAGAGCCGACGGAGUUCCGGAACAAAACGUUUAUGGCGCACUUAAACGAAAUGCCGUGGUCAGAAACGCUGUUAACCGAACAAAUAGAGAAAACACUGUACAGAGGAAUGCACAUGACUUUCUGCAAGAAGAACGACGACUCAUGGGGAGCGCCAGUUCAGAUCCAGAACUAUCCCAACUUCACCGAGCUGACCAACAACGAUACGUCCGAGAAGUCGUGCCAUUACAAAAGUGUUAGGCUACCCUCCGUCACCAAAACGAACGCGGCAACGAAACUGUCAGUUAGAUGGUCCGCCAUUUUGGCCGCGUCACUGCUCGCAAUCUCGCGG